AUGGGUCAGUGUGGGUCAGUGGAGGGUUACUACCACCUCAUACCCAGGGAGGGUUACCACCACCUCCUACCCAAGGAGGGUUACCACCUCAUACCCAGGGAGGGUUACCACCCCCUCCUACCCAAGGAGGGUUACCACCACCUCAUACCCAGGGAGGGUUACCACCACCUCCUACCCAAGGAGGGUUACCACCACCUCAUACCCAGGGAGGGUUACCACCACCUCCUACCCAAGGAGGGUUACCACCACCUCCUACCCAAGGAGGGUUACCACCACCUACCCAAGGAGGGUUACCACCACCUACCCAAGGAGGGUUACCACCACCUACCCAAGGAGGGUUACCACCACCUCAUACCCAAGGAGGGUUACCACCACCUCCUACCCAAGGAGGGUUACCACCUCCUACCCAAGGAGGGCUACCACCUCAUACCCAGGGAGGGUUACUACCACCUCCUACCCAGGGAGGGCUACCACCUCAUACCCAGGGAGGGUUACUACCACCUCCUACCCAGGGAGGGUUACCACCACCUCAUACCCAGGGAGGGCUACCACCACCUCCUACCCAAGGAGGGCUACCACCUCAUACCCAGGGAGGGUUACCACCACCUCCUACCCAAGGAGGGCUACCAUCACCUACCCAAGAUGGGAAUCAUCUAG